AUGCUGUUUCUGUUCCUCCUAAUUUCUUAUUCAACUGCCUUAAUUCGUCUUCCUUUGGAGGAAAAAUUGAGAUCAUCAAAUUUUCAUCAUUCGAAAACAUCUUGAAAGCUUAGAGGACUUUUGUCUUCAGCAACCGUGACGAACUAUCAAAACGUAGAUUCUAUUUAGGCUCAAUAUUAUAUCGAUGCUGAAAUUGGAACUCCUCCUCAAAAGUUUUCUUUACUAGUUUCCUUAAGGACCUCUUGAAUUUUGGUGGGUUUAAAAAACUGCGGAUCGUGCCGAGGCUGAACUAAUAAAUUUGACCCAGACAGUUCCUCAACGCUGAAGAGCGGGAAUAAGUAUUUGACCGUAGACACUGUGGGCCAGAUGAAAGGUAAAAUUGGAAACGAAACAAUUCGGAUAGGAGACCUUAGUGCAAAAUCUCAGGGAAUUGUUUUAGUCGAUGAUGAGUAUGGAACUGAUGAUCUAAAGCCAGAUGGUAUAUUUGGGCUAGGUUUUAGCACUGCUAAAGAUGGAGCUACCUCUAUUUUGAAUACUGUAUUGUCGCAAAAUAAUAUUAAGCACUUGCUUUUUUCACUUUAUUUUAGUGACUCAAACAGCAUUUCUGACUUACCUGAUUAUGGCCAAUCAAUGCUUAUUAUAGAUGGCUAUGAUAUUUCUAAAUAUGCAGCAGAAUCACAGUUUACAUUUCUAAACGCAGCAAAUUCUGAUGGGUAUUGGGAAUUGGAUUCUGAUUGUGUUGUUUUUGGCCAAAAAAGUUUUGCAGGAGGGUCUAAAGCAAGAAUAAGUCCAGGUACAAGCUACGUAUUGGGACCAAAAGAUACUGUCAAUGAAAUUUUAAAGCUAUUAGAAACUAAUUAUACUUGCUCAGCUGACAAUUUAGGACAACUAAAUUGUAAUUGCAACGAAAAUUACCCUGACUUUGUAUUUCAACUCAGUGGAGUUCAAUUCAAAAUAAAAUCAGCUGGGUAUUUGCAAAAAGUUGAUGAAUAUUGCCAUCCAACUUUUGGCUAUUCAACAGUAACCAAUACAUGGAUUUUAGGUGACACUUUUCUCACUCCCCCCCCCCUUUAAAUUGGAACUAAAAAUUUUGUUCCAAUUUAAAGGGGGGUUAAGAAAAUUUUUUUAAAAAAAAAUCAUUAUAAAAUUUUGUAUAAAAAAAAAAAAAUUUCAAAAAUUUAUCCAAUUAGAUUAAUAAAUUUGUUUAAUAAAAUGCUAUUUACUCUUUAUCCUUUAAAAAAAAAGCAAGAUAUAACUAAAAAUUUUAUUAUUAAUUAAUACGCCAAUAUUAAUUGGUAUCAAAACUAUUUACACAAAAAUUUUUAUUUUUAUUGAUAAAAAAAAAUUUUAGAAAAUUUAUCGAUCAAAGUGCUAAUUUUGUUUAAAUAAGAUAUUAUUUAUACUAUAUUCUUUAAAAUAAAGCAAGAGAUAAGUAAAUUUUGAAUUUUUGCAAAGAAUUCGUAUUAGAUUUAUAUCAAAGCUAUUUAUAUAAAAAAUAUCAUUUUUAUCAAAAAAAUAAAUUUGUUUUUAAAAAUUUACAAUUAAGGAUAAUAAAUUUAUUUAAAUAAGAUGCUCUUUAUACUCUAUUCUUUAAACAAGAGCAGGAUAUAACUAAAUUUUUAAUUUUAGUUAAGAAGAAACAUUUAAAUUAUAUCGAAACUUUUUACAUAAAAAUUAUGAUUUAUAUAUAUAAAAUUUUUUAUUAUAAAAUUAAAUUUUGUUCCAAUUUAAAGGGGGGUUAAUUUACCAAAAAAGUGGAAAAUUUUACCUAUAUUUUGUUCCAGUUUAAAGGGGGGGGAGAGUCAGAAGAUUUUAUACGCUUUAUGACAUGGAAAACAAAAAAAUCGGACUUGCCACUGUUGGUUCUAUAUCCCAAAUAAGCAAACGGGCAUCGUUAUGUAGUUCAAACAACUCUGGAUCGUCUGGAACUGGCUCCAAUUGCAAAAAUUCAACAGGCUCCACCAAUGGUACAAAUUCAGGAAACUGCACUAAUCCUGUGCCAAACCCAAAUCCAGGCACAACCAAUUGUACAUCAAGCUCUGCUAAUUGCACAAAUCCAAAUAAUCCUGUACCAAACCCCAACCCAGGCACAAUAAAUUGCACAUCAAGCUCAAAUUGUACCAGUUCAAGCCAUAGCAGCAGUUCGUUCAUUUCCAGUAAUUAUUUUGGCUUGACAGCAAUUUCAUGAACUUUAUUAUGGAGCUUAUAUAUUAUUUGUCACUGGGAUACAAUUAAGGGCAAGUUCAGAAAAUGCUGUUCUAAGAAUAAUACUAUUGAUGCAGAUCCCAAUUUUUUUGAUGUUGGCCUAACUCCGCCAAUUUAUGAUAGGAUUCCUUCAAAUAGUCGUACAAACUCGGUUUCUGAAAAUGAGAUAGCCCCUCAGAGCAUAAAAGCAAAAACAGCUGCGAUUUUAAACAGAGUGAAUAAUCCAGAAACUGAGGAUGAUUUCAGAAGAACUUUUACACGAUUAUCAGAGAAUGCUAGUAAUGCUGCUAAUAAUCCAACAUAUAAAAUUAACUGCCAAAGAUUUAUUGACGCUUAUCAUAGGGUCAGCUCUCUUUAUUUUCUUACUCAUUUGAUCGAAUGGCUCCAUUAAAAAUUUCUUAAAAAUGAUAAAAAUAUAACUAACUAUUUUUGAUAAUAAAUAUUAUAAGGAUAAUUGCUUUUGCACAAUUCUAAUGCGAUUUCUUGCAUAUUUGUUUAAUAUAUAGCAUACUUUGUGGUCAGUGAUAACAAAAUUUAUGAAUGAUAGUGAUGGAGUUAGAGAAAAUAAUUUCUACGGUAGAACCUCUUUGGUUAUCUAUGACACUGAAAAUGAAAGAGAAAACGAGAUAGUGUUAGAAAAGACUCCAGAAAACCUGCAGAGCUGUACUUCCAUUACUUUUAUUCCAGGUGGUAAAAUUUUCUGUUUUGGAAAUUAUCCUGCUUCUGGAGUUACAUUGAUGCUCGAUGAGCAUUAUCAAGUCGAAAAGCUGAAAUCUGGAGGCUUUAGUAAUAUUUUAUUUUGAUUAAUCUAAUUCUAUUAAAUAAUCAAUAAAUUAUAUCGAAACCAAUCUAAAUACUGCAAAGAGCAAGGCUAUACAUAGCCUUAUACUAUUAUAAAUAAAUUUAUGAAAAAUUUAAAACUAUCUGGAACACCUUGCAGCAGCUCAUCAGCUAUAAUCUUUUCUAUUAAAUAAAUAAUAAAAGGAAAUAAUUUCAUUUAUACACAAUAGUUAGUUAAAGAGAAUACCUAUUUUAAUAAUAACGUGUACUGCUUUGGAGGAAAAAAUGGCAAUGAUUUGCUAACUUUAUCUCACUCCUCCAAUCUGAGAGAACAAAAAAAUUUUAUUCGUUAAGGAGGGUAAUUUUUUUUUUUAAGUUUUAGCAAAUUUUAUAUUUUAAAAUACAAGCUGCUUAAAAUUAAACAGAAUUAGCUAGAGAUUUCAUUAAUGUAUCAAAUAUUUUUUUCAUAAGAAAAUUUUUUUGUUCACAAACGGAGGGAAGGCUUUUUAGCAAAAUAUAGGGAUUUUUUCAAAUGUUUUGGUUCGCUCAUGGAGGGAGAGUCAGAGAUUUGACUUGAAAAGUAAAAAAUGGCGCAAAUUAAGACCGUUGCCUAAAGCUGAUUAUGAAUGCCACUGUUUGGAGUUUAAUGAUAAUAUUUUGAUUGCUGGUCGUGAAAAUCAAAAUAUUUUGAGAUAUUCAAUAAAAGAUAACAGCUUCGAGACAAUAAAUAGCUAUUAUUUUGAGGGAGGGGUGAGAAAAAUCCUGUUUAAUGUAAGUAGUUUAUGGUUGAUUGAGUGCAGAAAUAGAGGGAAGAUAUGUGAAAGCAGGGGAGAUGAGAACUCUUGGGUAAACAUAGCUAAUCUUGAUGAAUAUUUUGGUGAUCCUUCACAAGUUUAUUGCUCUUAUAAUAAGGAAGCAAUAUAUAUUGGUUGUGGAGCAUACGUUGACGGGUAUUACAAGUUUAACUUACGCGAAAAAAAUAUGGAAAAGUUGCAAAAAUUAGUUAAUACUAAGUCUUAA